CAUCUCAGCUAUCGCCAAAUCAUCAAGCGUUCAUCAUCGCUGUUCAUUAACAGCAGUUCCUCGUAAGCCGUUGCGCUCGCAUCGCCAUAUCCGUUAGGCCAAUUUUACCUAUAGCCUGACCCUUUCGACGCGAAUAUCCCUCGCGUCGUUUUCCUGAUCACAUAUAACCACCUCAUAAUCAGUCGUAAUCAAUCAUAAUCAACAUGUCUGGAAAGCUCGACCAGUCUUUGGACGAAAUCGUCUCUACCCAGCGCCGCGUUGUCGGUAAAGGCCGCCAAAACCCCCGUCGAUCUGCAAGACGACCCGCUACAACUGCUCCUGUUGGUGGCGUUCAAAAGACUUCGAGGCAGCCUCGCGCUGCAGCAGCUAAGCAAAUUCCUGCUAAGGCAACCGGCAGUGGAGAGAGCAAGGUGGUUGUUAGCAACCUACCCAAAGAUGUGAACGAAGGCCAAAUUAAGGAGUAUUUUGCGACCUCAGUUGGACCUAUCAAGCGAGUGGAGCUUUCUUACGGCCCGAACAGCGUAAGCCGUGGCAUCGCUACGGUUACCUUUGCCAAACCCGAUGGCGCCAGCAAGGCUUUCAACGCCCUAAACGGCCUUCUUGUUGACAACCGACCAAUCAAGAUCGAGAUUGUUGUUAGCGCCGCCAAGGCCGCAGAGAUAGCGCCUCCUGCGAAGACUUUGACCGAGCGCAUCACCCAGCCCAAGGCACAGCCCAAGUCUGCGGCAAACGACAAGAAGGAAGCGGCUUCGAAGGCCGCAGGUGCUGGUGCUCGUGGUCGUAAGCGCCGUGGACCCCGCAACAGCCGCCCAGCCAAGAAGACAGCUGAGGAGCUCGAUUCCGAGAUGGCAGAUUACUUCGAAGCUAGCAAUCAGAAUGAGAACACCAACGGCGCUGCACCUGCUGCCACCAGCGGUGACGCCCCAAUGGAGGAUGAAAUUCUAUGAGCGAAUAGUUUAGACCUGGAUUGAUUUUCAGUCGGAAUGGUGCUCUUCUGCAUCAAUAUCUCCUUCCAUCGCUUGUACCGUAGCUUGACUUGAUUUCAAUUU